AUGUCUCCCUCUCUUCCAGCUACACACCGCGCCCUCAUCCUAAAUGCCAUCGGCGAGCCCCUCAAAGUCGAAACAAGACCCACACCGGAAGCAACUCCCGGCAGCGCCGUAGUCAAGAUCCUCACAGCAAUGAUCCUCUCCUACUCCGGAGACAUCUACAGCGGCAAGCGGCCCUACCCGCUCCCCACACCCCUAGUACCAGGUAACGGCGCAAUCGGGCGAGUCGCAGCCGUAGGUUCCGAUGCGACCAGUCUCUCCGUCGGAGAUCUCGUCUUAGUGGAAAUCUACCUCCGGGGCCGCGACGACCCAACCCAGGCUUCACUGUCGGGCGUGCAUGAAGGCCACGCUGAGAGGAGUUCGCGGCUCAUGCGUGGUGAAUGGCGUGACUCGACUUAUGCGGAGUAUGCGAAGAUGCCGCUGGAGAAUUGCCACAGGCUUGAUGAGGGGCGGUUGCUUGGGAAUAUAACGGAGGGGGGUUUGGGGUACACUGUUGAGGACCUGUUAUCUAUUGGCGUACAGAUUGUCCCCUUCGGGGGGCUGCGGAGCAUAGCUCUUGAACCCGGUGAGAAGGUCAUUGUUAGUCCCGCGACAGGCGCGUUUGGGAGCGCGGCGGUGCAGGUGGCUCUGGCUAUGGGCGCCAGCGUGAUCGCAAUGGGGCGGGAUCUGGGGAAGCUUAGGAAGCUGCAGGAGGUUUGUGGGAGAGAUCGGGUGCAGGUGGUUCAGAUCACGAAUGAUCAUAAACAGGAGAUGGACGCCCUGGCGCAGUGUGGGCCAGCCGAUGCCUUCUUUGAUGUGUCGCCGCCCAUGGCGGCGGGAUCGAGCCAUAUCAGGAGCGGCAUGUUGUCGCUCAAACACUCGGGCCGUAUUGUUUUGAUGGGGCCGGGGGUUGGGGAGGUGACUGUCCCGGUUGCGGUGUUGAUGGCUAAGAACCUCACUAUUAAGGGGAAGUGGAUGUUUGAGCGUGAGGAUGUCCAGAGGAUGAUCCAGAUGGUGGAGGCUGGGAUCUUGCCGCUGGGUAGUCAAGCGGGCUGGGUGACUGCUGGGAAAUACAAGCUUGAGCAGUGGGCUGAGGCGUUUGCCAGUGCAGCCCAGCAUGCAGGACCAGGCGAGCGGGUCUUGUUCAUAAUGUGA